GACUCAUCGAGACCUGCAAACAAAAAGCUCACUUCCCUCGUGACUUCCCUUCCCUCGUUGUCCCUCAAUGCUUUCUCCCUCUCCUGCUCUUCCCAAACCGAGUCACUGAGUCAUCCAGCCGAGCUGAACUCGGCGAUGGCUCACACUCUCUUAUCAACACUAGUGUUCCUUGUCCUUAUCCGAGUCAGCUCAGCCGAGCUGGCUCGGGACCGCGCCGCGCUUCAAGACUUCAUCGCCAAGACACCGCACGAGGGCCGUCUCCGAUGGAACUCAACGGUGCCCACGUGCGAAUGGACGGGGGUCACGUGCGACGCUAACGGCUCUUCCGUCAUUGCUCUCCGUCUCCCCGGCGUCGGUCUCGUCGGCGUCCUCCCGGCCGGGACCUUAGCACGUCUCUCCUCCCUCCGUGUCCUCUCCCUCCGCGCUAAUCGUCUCUCUGGCGCUCUUCCCGAUGACUUCUCCUCACUCGUCUCGCUCCGCCACUUGUACUUGCAGGAAAAUCUCCUCUCCGGCGAGUUCCCCGCAGUGAUACCCAAGCUUGUGGGACUCACCCGGCUGGAUCUCUCCGGCAAUGGCUUCUCCGGCCAGAUUCCGUUCGCCGUAAACAAUCUCACCCAGCUCACUGGCCUGUUCCUUGAACGUAAUCGCUUCUCCGGCACCCUUCCCAAUAUCGCGAUUCAAACCUUAAACGCUUUCAACGUCUCUUAUAACCAUCUCAACGGAUCCAUUCCCGAAACCCUAGCGGACUUCCCGGCGUCCUCCUUCACCGGAAACAUACAACUCUGCGGCGGCCCAUUGCAGCCCUGCGAGCGCCCUUUCUUCCAAUCUCCAUCGCCGGCUCCAACUGCUACUAGAACGAGAUCAUUCAGCAGCCGGAAGCUAUCCACGGCGGCAAUCAUAGUCAUCGCGACAGCUUCAGCGGCAGUGGUGUCCGCUCUACUACUGAUGAUGAUCUGGUGCGCGAUGAGGAGGAGGGAGGAGAAGGGGAAGCCACCGAAAGCGCCGGAGAGUGUGGUUGCGAGGGGAGUGGACCCGAUGGGGACGGCAUCGUCGUCAUCGAAGGAUAUGGGAAGUGGGGUGGGGGAAGCGGAUCGGAACCGGUUAGUGUUCGUCGGAGAAGGAGGGGGGUAUAGCUUCGAUCUGGAGGAUCUCCUCCGGGCGUCGGCGGAGGUGCUCGGAAAGGGGAGCGUGGGGACGUCAUACAAGGCUGUGCUGGAGGAGGGGACGACAGUGGUGGUGAAGAGGCUCAAGGACGUGGCGGCGAGCCGGAAAGAGUUCGAGGGACACGUGGAGGCCUUAGGGAGGGUGGCGGUUCACGCCAACGUACUACCCCUCCGAGCAUACUACUACUCCAAAGAUGAGAAGCUCGUCGUCUACGACCACCUCCCCGCCGGUUGCCUCGCCGGCGUCAUCCACGGGACUAGAGGCUCUGGCCGGACGCCGCUGGAUUGGGACGGACGGCUGCAGGUGGCCUUGGCUGUAGGUCGUGGACUAUCUCACCUCCACAACUCAGCCAAGAUCCCCCAUGGCAACAUCAAGGCCAACAACAUCCUCCUCCGUGACAACCCUUCAUCCGCCGUCCUCUCUGACUUCGGUCUCACCCCACUCUUUAGCUCUGCGGCGCCACCUCCUACCCGUGUUGCCGGAUACCGUGCGCCAGAAGUGAUUGAGACUCGUCGAGCUACGUUCAAGUCUGAUGUGUACAGCUACGGUGUGUUGCUGUUGGAGCUCCUGACGGGGCGGGCACCAAACCAGACAACAAUUGGGUCCGAAGAAGGCAUUGAUUUGCCACGGUGGGUGCAGUCUGUGGUGCGGGAGGAAUGGACGGCUGAGGUGUUUGAUGCAGAGCUAAUGCGGUCUCCCGGUGUUGAGGAAGAGAUGGUGCAACUGCUCCAGAUUGCAAUGGCUUGCGUUGCCACCAUGCCAGAGUCCCGGCCGGAGAUCGGUGAGGUGGUGAAGAUGAUCGAAGAGAUUGUCAGCCGAUCAGAGCCAACGCCGCCAUCUGAUGAUCAAGAGGUUACCGAAGGAGUCAGCUUGAGCUGAAGGUUACUGAUGGGGGAAGGGAAUAGUUUAGAUUCAAAUUGUGCAUUAUGUUAUUUAUUUAGUAGUGGCAGUUUUUUUUUUUCUUUUUCCCUUUUUUUUGUCACGAUCUGAUUUAAUUUGGGGGUGGGCAAUUGGCAGAGGGGCUUGACGUCCAUGUAUUCAAUCGCUUAUUGGAAAUCAAUUUAUCAAGUGUUUGCAAUAUUUUGUUUCUGAA